AUGCCUAUGGUAACUGCAGCUACCACCCUGCGACGGGCUCUGGAGAACCCUGACUCCUUCAUCGUCGCCCCCGGAGUCUACGAUGGACUGUCAGCUCGCGUCGCCCUUUCCGCGGGCUUCGACGCUCUGUACAUGACCGGUGCUGGUACCGCUGCCUCGGUUCACGGCCAAGCAGACUUGGGCAUCUGCACUCUCAAUGACAUGCGCGCCAACGCCGAGAUGAUCUCCAACAUCUCCCCUAGCACUCCCGUAAUUGCCGACGCAGAUACCGGCUACGGCGGCCCCAUCAUGGUCGCGCGCACGACCGAGCAAUACUCGCGGUCUGGAGUCGCCGCCUUCCACCUCGAGGAUCAGGUUCAGACGAAGCGCUGCGGACAUCUUGCUGGCAAGAUUCUUGUGGACAGGGACACCUACGUGACGCGGAUUCGGGCCGCAGUGCAGGCUCGCCAACGAAUUGGCAGUGAUAUUGUGGUGAUCGCCCGGACGGAUUCCCUCCAAACCCACGGCUAUGAGGAGAGCGUCGCAAGACUGCGGGCCGCGCGCGAUGCAGGCGCGGAUGUAGGAUUCCUCGAGGGGAUUACGUCCCGGGAGAUGGCCCGGCAAGUUAUUCAGGACCUGGCGGGGUGGCCGUUGCUACUGAACAUGGUGGAGCACGGGGCCACGCCGUCGAUCUCAGCGGCCGAGGCCAAGGAGAUGGGCUUCCGCAUUAUCAUCUUCCCAUUCGCGGCAUUGGGACCUGCCGUUGCGGCGAUGCGCGAAGCGAUGGAGAAGUUGAAGAGGGAUGGCAUCCCGGGGUUGGACAAGGAGAUGACACCACAGAUGCUCUUCCGCGUGUGUGGAUUGGAUGAGAGUAUGAAGGUGGAUGCGCAGGCGGGGGGUGCUGCUUUCGACGGAGGGGUGGACCUGAAGUAG